AUGAAGCUCUCUUCUAUUGUUCUCACAGUUUUUGCACUGGCCACAACUGGCAUUGCUGAAAAGACAUGCACCCCUAGCUUUGAUUAUUGUUCUGAUGUUUUGAUCAAGGAUAAAGGUUUCACCGAGGCCGACCUCAAGGAUGUCCUGAAGGGUUCAGAUCUAGAGAACGAAGACAUAGAGAAUGUCCUAUUCCAUUGCAAGAAUCCUGGUGACGUUGGACACCCCAAGCUCUGCUCGAGUGGAUGCAAAGACCCGGCUACGGAGGGAAGCCACUCAUGCGAAGCGUAA